CAAACCAUUCUAUCAUCACUUCUUUUCUCUCCUCUCUUUACCUCACCUCAUUAUUUCUCAUUUCGAUAUAUAUGGAACUUAGUUUUAACCACCAACUUUGCCUUCUUUCUGUCAUACUCUUUCUACCUGCACUGUGUUUAUCACAGGACACUUUUACAUGCUCCAGAGCAACAUACUAUGGCAGCCCUGAUUGCUAUGGGAAUCCAAAGGGAGCUUGUGGCUUUGGCGAAUAUGGAAGAACGGUGAAUGAUGGAAGUGUGGCAGGAGUGUCAAGGCUAUGGAGGAACGGGAGCGGUUGUGGAGCAUGCUAUCAGGCUAGGUGCAAGAUACCACAGUAUUGUGAUGAAAACGGAGCAUUCGUGGUGGCAACAGAUUAUGGUGAGGGAGACAGAACAGACUUCAUCAUGAGCCCACGCGCCUUCUCGAGAUUGGGACGCAACGCAGAUGCAUCUGCAGAGUUGUUCAAAUAUGGUGUAGUGGAUAUUGAAUACAGAAGGGUCCCGUGUAGUUAUUCUGGCUACAAUGUCGUGUUUAAGGUCCAUGAACACAGCAGAAACCCUGACUACUUUGCUGUCGUGGUUCUCUAUGUAGACGGAACAUACGAUGUCACUGCUGUUGAGUUGUUUCAGCAAGACUGCCAAGAAUGGAAGCCAUUGCGCAGGGCCUUUGGGGCAAUGUUUGACUAUAGCAACCCUCCAAGUGGUGAAAUCUACUUGAGAUUCCAGGUCAGUGGCAGUGCAGGGAUUUAUUGGGUUCAGUCGAGGAAUGCUAUCUCUAGUGAUUGGACGGCCGGAGCAACAUAUGACACCAUGGUGCAGCUUAAUUAGGAACAAAAAACCACUUCAAGAUUCCAGGAACAGAUUCGAAUUAGAUAGGCUUUUGUGUGUACUGCUGUCUGUGUCUCUGUUCUUGGGGACUAAAAUAAUGGGAAUUCAUGUACUUUUCCAUCUUAGAUAACAUGAAUUUGGAUAAAAUAAAUGUAUCAUCUCCUUUCUCCUUUA